AUGGCGACGCCUCUGGAGGAGUUCGGACAGGAAAUCCUGCUUGUGCCCCCUCGUCCAAAACCUGUAUCGGAAGUGAUAUCACAGCGCGGGUCUAGUCUGGAAGAGGACUCGCCUGUGUCUCUCCAGGCUUGCCUUGGUUCCCGCUCUGGCAUCGAGGUAUCGCGGGCCCCAGGUCUAGGCCAUUCCAAGGCCCCGUUUGCUCCAGAAUCGUAG